GGCUGCAGUGUGGGACUCGGAGAAUGUAGGCCGCAAGUUCAUCAUCGCCAACGCUCGGGUGGAGAACUGCGCGGUCAUCUACUGCAACGACGGCUUCUGCGAGCUGUGCGGCUACUCGCGGGCCGAGGUGAUGCAGCGGCCCUGCACCUGCGAUUUCCUGCACGGGCCGCGCACCCAGCGCCGCGCCGCCGCGCAGAUCGCGCAGGCCCUGCUGGGCGCGGAGGAGCGCAAAGUGGAGAUCGCCUUCUACCGGAAGGAUGGGAGCUGCUUCCUGUGCCUGGUGGAUGUGGUGCCCGUGAAGAACGAAGAUGGAGCUGUCAUCAUGUUUAUCCUGAACUUCGAGGUGGUGAUGGAGAAGGACAUGGUGGGGUCCCCGGCCCGGGACACCAAUCACCGCGGCGCCCCCACCAGCUGGCUGGCCCCAGGUCGCGCCAAGACCUUCCGCCUGAAGCUGCCCGCCAUGCUGGCUCUGACGGCCCGGGAGUCCUCGGCGCGCCCGGGGGCCAUGCACCCCCUGCGCAGCGGCCUGCUUAAUUCCACGUCAGACUCGGACCUCGUGCGCUAUCGCACCAUUAGCAAGAUCCCCCAAAUCACCCUCAACUUUGUGGACCUCAAGGGCGACCCCUUCCUGGCUUCGCCCACCAGCGACCGAGAGAUCAUAGCACCCAAGAUAAAGGAGCGGACCCACAAUGUCACAGAGAAGGUCACCCAGGUCCUGUCCCUGGGGGCGGACGUGCUGCCGGAGUACAAGCUGCAGGCGCCUCGCAUCCACCGCUGGACCAUCCUGCACUACAGCCCCUUCAAGGCCGUGUGGGACUGGCUCAUCCUGCUGCUGGUCAUCUACACGGCCGUCUUCACGCCCUACUCGGCCGCCUUCCUGCUGAAGGAGACAGAGGAGGGCCCCGUGGCGCCCGACUGCGGCUAUGCCUGCCAGCCGCUGGCCGUGGUGGACCUCAUCGUGGACAUCAUGUUCAUCGUGGACAUUCUCAUCAACUUCCGCACCACCUACGUCAACGCCAACGAGGAGGUGGUCAGCCACCCUGGCCGCAUCGCCGUCCACUACUUCAAGGGCUGGUUCCUCAUUGACAUGGUGGCCGCCAUCCCUUUCGACCUGCUCAUCUUUGGCUCUGGCUCGGAGGAGCUCAUCGGGCUGCUGAAGACGGCCCGGCUGCUGCGGCUGGUGCGCGUGGCCCGGAAGCUGGACCGCUACUCGGAGUACGGGGCGGCCGUGCUGUUCCUGCUCAUGUGCACCUUCGCGCUGAUCGCGCACUGGCUGGCCUGCAUCUGGUACGCCAUCGGCAACAUGGAGCAGCCUCACAUGGACUCCCGCAUCGGCUGGCUGCACAACCUGGGCGACCAGAUCGGCAAGCCCUACAACAGCAGCGGCCUGGGCGGCCCCUCCAUCAAGGACAAGUAUGUCACAGCCCUCUACUUCACCUUCAGCAGCCUCACCAGCGUGGGCUUUGGCAACGUGUCCCCCAACACCAACUCCGAGAAGAUCUUCUCCAUCUGCGUCAUGCUCAUUGGCUCCCUCAUGUACGCCAGCAUCUUUGGCAACGUGUCGGCCAUCAUCCAGCGGCUGUACUCGGGCACAGCCCGCUACCACACGCAGAUGCUCCGGGUGCGUGAGUUCAUCCGCUUCCACCAGAUCCCCAACCCGCUGCGCCAGCGCCUCGAGGAGUACUUCCAGCAUGCCUGGUCCUACACCAAUGGCAUCGACAUGAACGCGGUGCUGAAGGGCUUCCCCGAGUGCCUGCAGGCUGACAUCUGCCUGCACCUGAACCGCUCGCUGCUGCAGCACUGCAAGCCCUUCCGUGGGGCCACCAAGGGCUGCCUGCGGGCCCUGGCCAUGAAGUUCAAGACCACACAUGCGCCACCAGGGGACACGCUGGUGCACGCAGGGGACCUGCUUACCGCCCUUUAUUUCAUCUCCCGGGGCUCCAUCGAGAUCCUGCGGGGUGACAUCGUUGUGGCCAUCCUGGGGAAGAAUGACAUUUUUGGAGAGCCUCUGAACCUGUACGCGAGGCCUGGCAAGUCCAACGGGGAUGUGCGGGCCCUCACCUACUGCGACCUGCACAAGAUCCAUCGGGACGACCUGCUGGAGGUGCUGGACAUGUACCCCGAGUUCUCCGACCACUUCUGGUCCAGCCUGGAGAUCACCUUCAACCUGCGAGACACCAACAUGAUCCCCGGCUCUCCCGGCAGCACGGAGCUGGAUGGCGGCUUCAACAGGCAACGCAAACGCAAGCUGUCCUUCCGUCGGCGCACGGACAAGGACCCCGAACAGCCAGGGGAGGUGUCGGCCUUGGGGCCAGGCCGGGCGGGGGCAGUGCCUAGGGCCCGGGGCCAGCCAGGGGGACCGUGGGGGGAGAGCCAGUCCAGCGGCCCCUCCAGCCCUGAGAGCAGUGACGACGAGAGCCCAGGCCGCAGCUCCAGCCCCCUCCGCCUGGUGCCCUUCUCCAGCCCCAGGCCCCCUGGAGAGCUAACGGGAGGGGAGCCCCUGACCGAGGACUGUGAGAAGAGCAGCGACACUUGUAACCCACUGUCAGGGGCCUUCUCAGGAGUGUCCAACAUCUUCAGCUUCUGGGGGGACAGUCGGGGCCGCCAGUACCAGGAGCUGCCUCGAUGCCCCGCCCCUGCUCCAAGCCUCCUCAACAUCCCUCUUUCCAGCCCCGGCCGGCGGUCUCGGGGCGAGGUGGAGAGCAGGCUAGAUGCCCUCCAGAGGCAGCUCAACAGGCUGGAGACCCGUCUCAGUGCAGACAUGGCCACCAUCCUGCAGCUGCUACAGAGGCAGAUGACUCUGGUCCCACCCGCCUACAGUGCUGUGACCACCCCGGGCCCGGGCCCCACCUCUGCCUGCCCUCUGCUGCCUGUCAGCCCCAUCCCCACCCUCACCCUGGACUCGCUUUCUCAGGUUUCCCAGUUCAUGGUGUGUGAGGAGCUCCCCCCGGGGGGCCCAGAGCUCCCCCAAGAUGGCCCUACUCGACGUCUCUCCCUGCCGGGCCAGCUGGGCGCCCUCACCUCCCAGCCCCUGCACAGACACGGCUCAGACCCAGGCAGUUAGUGGGGCGGCCGGUGUGGACACAUGGCUCACCUAGGAUUCAGCGCUGCCCGGGCCCCUCCCCUCGGAGGCCCCGCCCUGGAGGCCCCGGCCACGAAGGGGAGAGGAACUCGAAGGCACAGCCCCUCCUGAGCUCUUGGGACCAUCUCCUGCUGUCCCCUGGGCCUCAGUGGGAGGGGCAGGGGCAGGGCCGGGCAGUGGACAGGGGGGGUCUGUGGUCCCCCCACUGCCCUGGGGGCAGUAGCUGGUCUAACUGCCCGGACAACCGGCCCUGGGCCUUAGGCACCUCAAGGACUUUUCUGCUAUUUACUGCUCUUAUUGUUAAGGAUAAGAAUUAAGGAUCAUAUGAAUAAUUAAUGAAGAUGCUGAUGACUAUGAAUAAUAAAUAAUUAUCCUGAA